CGACGCGGCCACCUCGGUCACGCAGUUCGUCGACGAGCGUCGGUCGUACCGUGUGUUCGCCGCGUGCUUCUCCUCUCUUUCUCUCUUUCUGUCUCGUUCAUCGUGAUCCCGCAAAAGUGGACGGCUCGCGCUGACACCGAUCGGGGUCUGCUAAUCCGAUCGCGUGACUUUCGCGCGUCUCCGUUCCCCGGCGCGUUUCCUCUCUCUCUCUCUCUUUUUUUUUUUAGAUUAAAUUUUAUUUUAUCUCGAUUUUAACAGCCUAUAGUGAGAGAAUCAUCUCGAUUUAUUUUUUUUUGUUUGUUGUCUCGCGGUCGAUAGGCCGGCGUGUCGAGGGGGUGUCGCGAGUUCGCGUGUUUGUUCGAUCGCCGCGAUUUGCGAAACGCACCACCGCUGGCCGUGCUGUCGAUUAAAAAAAAAAUCUUCGUAUCAAUGAAACGUUAUUCCGCACUGUGGUCCGUCAGUUCGCGGGCAUUUGACUGAUCCUACGGGCGAGCCGAGCGAAAUCGCGCGUCUUCGCGUUACUUUUAGGGAUAAGUUUAAUUUAAAAAUUUCAAGUUCACCGACUUCGUAUGAGCGCAUUACUAACCGCCGUUGUCCCGCCGCAUCCGUGAGAGUUGCUGCGCGCGAAGGGGAAUAAACGAGAACAUUUCCGACAACGUUGGUUUUUGCGUUAACGUAAAUCGCGUAGAAGCGAAACUUGGUCGAGCGUGCGGUUUUGUUGGCUGCGGUCGAUGCCACUGCGAGGAUGCUGGCGUGCGUCUAUCCACGUGAAAACUUCGAGGUGAAAACCGUGGCGGUAAAGCUCCAUCACGGAAAAUCCAAGAGGAAGUCCAAGUCUGUCCCGUCGGUGAAGGAAAAACUUCCUUCGGACACCGCAGAGACGGAAUGCAACAGCGGCGAGCGAACAAGCAGCGAGUUAGCAGUGGGCGGGGGUGGUGCUGUGCUGGUGCUCAGCGAGCUUGAAAGCAUGGCGGCCAGGCAACAGCGGGAAAUCGCUCAGCAAAGGCGCCUCCUGGAGCAGAAAGAGGCCCGCUUAGCCGUGCUUCGAGGCGCACAGGAGCCAGCACAGCAGGACAGACUCGCCAGAUUGAGGCACAAGCUGGACCAGCAACAGAGCAAGCUGAAUCGACUGCGAUUACUCAGAUCGCAGACGGACCAGUCGCGUGUCAACAAUGCGACAUUGACCUCCGAUCUGGACUGCAUCAGGGCUCUCUUCAAUGAGAAGGAAAAGGAGCUCUCGUUGGCUGUAGCGAAGGUCGAGGAGUUGACGCGUCAGCUGGAGGAACUCCGAGGUCGUCAGAAUGUCCCCGCCGGUGGUGGAAGCGCCGGUAGCAUUGGGGGCAGCCUCACGGGUGCCACCGGCAACGGCCAUUUGGUUACCCCGGCCAGCGCUGAACUGGAGAAACUCAGGAGGGAGCUUAUGUAUCGCAACAAGAUGAACGAACAGCAAAACCAAGUGGUGUCCCAACAACGGCAGGCCUUGACACAACGACAAGCCGAGAUGGCAUCGAUAGACGCGCGAAUAGCUCAACUUCAGAGUCGUCUCCAGCGCAAGAGAGCGUUGAAUCAACGAUUGACGCAUCAGGUGGGUCCUAACGGCGGCGGUGGUGGCGGCGGUGGCAGCGUUAACAACACAGGAUUCCCCGACACGAAGCUCGACGGUUUCAACAACGGGGGCAAACUAAGACCGGCUGGCAAUAUCGCCGCGAUCGAGCCGUAUUCACACAUACCGAACGACAAUGAUUUCAAUCUGAACAAAAACGACCCCAAGUACCAGACACUGCCAUAUAACACCAAGUUCACGAUGAACUUCAAGGCUAUAGAGGACGACGUGAACAAAAAUAAAAUACAACACUCGGCGAGCGCCUCUCAGUUGGGACAGCGGCCGACCUUUCAGCAAUACGGCCACCAAAUCGUUCACAGCCAGUCGCAAUCACACAUUCAAGGGCAAUCUCAAUUACUAGGAAACAAUCAGCAACAACAGCAGCACAAUCAAAAUCUCGGCAAUCAACCUACCACGAUCCAAUCCAACUACAAUAAUAACAACAACAAUAACAACAAUAGCAACAAUCUCAUCUGCAAUCCUGCGCAUAACUUCAGCCCGGACAAUCUGUCGCAAGGUCUCCGUCUUCACCAAGGCCAUCAGCAUCAACAGCAAUCACAGACGCAGCAACAGCAUCAGAAUGGCAAUCUCCAGCAGAAGCAACACAAUAUAACCGGUAUUAACAGCACAUCGACGACGUCAAAUCUCGUCGGUGUUACCGUCCCAUCGAUCGCGCAAACCACGCAGAACCAACAUCGAAAUCUGCAGCAGACCGUAGGCGGUCAUCAGAAACCAGUGUCAAGCGUGGCGCCAAGUUUUUCAGUUAAGUCGCAGAUCUAUCAAACCUCCUCAACCAAGAUUCAUCCGGUUAUGCCGCAGACGUUAAGCCUACUAGGUCGCGGACAUAACGCGGCGCAAAACUACAUCGGCAACAAUCAACAGUUAGCGACAGCAAACACGCAGUUACAAAUCAUCGGAAAUCAGGAAGCGAAUUAUAGACAUGGUUAUUCCGUCGUCCAACAGCAACCGCAGCAACAACAGCAAUAUCAAAAUCAGACGACGAAUAUUCACACGUCUUCUCCGGCGGCCGUCUAUCAAAUGCAAAGUUCAUCCAAUCUCAUCGGUCUUCAUGGAACUACUGCGACGACCUUCGGUAAUUCUUCCCAAAAGUAUAAUCAAUCAUCCCAGGUGUUGAGUUCUAAUGAUCUUGCACAGAAUCAGGAUCAAAUAUUGAAUAAUCAGAAGGCCAAAUUUGAACCGAGUAAAAAUCAGGACAAAUUCGAACAUGCAGUACCAUCUAACAAUAAGCACGAACAGCAGCAGCAACAGAUAAGGUACGAUCAAAAUCUCACGGGCAAGUACGAAAUUCAGCAACAGAGUAGCAAACAUGAUCCAAGUCAAACUAAACAUGAUCAACACUUGCACAAUGUUAAGUAUGAGUCUCAGAAUUCGCAACAAUACGUCAAACACGAGCAGCAACAACAACAGCAGCAACAGCAACAGCAGCAUGAGGGAAGAUUGUCAAAUAAGUAUGAUCAUAAUUCAACAUUUAAGCAUGACCCUUCAAGUGCCAGUCAAUAUAAGCCGGAAUACAAGCCUGAGCCGAACAAGUACGAAGGCAGCGGCCAGAACAAAUUUGAGAUGGUAUCGGCCAAAUACGAACCAAAUCCCACGACGAAACAUGCAGUAGUCGACCAUGUGGCCAAAUUCGAAAUCUCCGCGAAAACAUCAGACAGGCCAUUCGAAUUUGACAGAUCGGCGAUGAAGAGCAGCGACGGCGAUAGGAAGACUUUCAAUGAGCAGCGAAUAGAGGACAAGACGAAACCAGCAUUGCCGCCGAAACCGAGCAAACCAAAUCCGCCACCAAGACUGACUCAUCAUGAAAAGAUCGACGUACCGUCGUCCGAAGGAAUCAAUGAGUGCAAGAUAACUAACGUAAAUCUUAAUUCAAGGUCGGAUAAGGACGAGGAUAUACCGCCGAUUCCUACAUCAGAACCGCCUGAAUCUCCUACGGAUACACAGCUAGCGAAUCAUCAGAUUCUCAAAGCUCGACCGUUGACACUGAAAAAAGUACCAAUAUCGGAGCAACCGAAGCUGAGAUAUGCCAAAUCUAAUGUCCAUGUGUCGAUAAAUCGACGAAUUGAGAUGCCCCCGGCAUUCCUGUUCCCGGAAACAGAAAUCCCGGCGGAUCUCAUGCAAACCGAACAACAGCAACAUCAACCACAAAUCAUCGACACGACAGACAAUUGCAAGAACAUUAUCAGCGACGAUAUCGGCGACAGCGAGAGGCUGGAGGAAGCGGACAUCAUUGACGCUUUGAAUGUCAUCAAUAUAGAGGAUAAGCCGAAAAUGAAGACCGACUCAGAAUUGACCGGGGGCACCGGUGGCGAAAUGGAAACGACGGACGGAGGCAAGAUAUCGGAGGUAAUGAGGAGGAAAAAAGGAAAUCUCAAGUCGUCAAGUACGGGAGGCGGAGGCGGCGGCGGCAAGGUCAAUCUGUCCAGGCGGGUAUCGUUUGAUCCACUGGCGUUGCUACUUGACGCUAGUCUCGAGGGAGAACUCGAGCUCGUGAGGAAAACCGCGAAAGAGGUCGCCAAUCCGAGCUCUGCCAAUGACGAAGGCAUCACCGCUUUGCACAACGCCAUAUGCGCCGGUCACCUUGAGAUCGUCAAAUUCCUCGUAGAGUUCGGUUGCGAUGUCAACGCUCAGGACAGCGACGGAUGGACACCGUUACAUUGCGCUGCCAGUUGCAACAAUCUAUCCAUGGUGAGAUUCUUAGUCGAACAUGGUGCUUGUAUUUUUGCGACCACGCUUUCAGAUCACGAGACCGCCGCGGAGAAAUGCGAGGAGGACGAGGAAGGAUUCGACGGAUGUUCGGAGUACUUGUACAGUGUUCAAGAAAAGCUAGGGAUCAUGAAUAAUGGUCAAGUAUACGCAGUUUUCGAUUACGAGGCACAACACGCUGAUGAACUUUCGCUGAAGAAUGGUGAUUCUGUAGUCGUACUUCGAAAGGGGGAUGAUAAUGAACGAGAAUGGUGGUGGAGCAAACUCGGACAUAAAGAAGGCUAUGUACCUCGGAAUUUAUUGGGGUUAUAUCCUAGAGUACAGCCAGUGAACCCCAGAGUACAACCAGCGGUUGAUUAAAAUGCUCGCAGAAUAUACGACGAUUACCACAGUAUUCGAUUUGCAGCUUUAUCUUGUUAAUUGUUACAAUACGAUACAUAGGCAUAUUAGUAGCGUUAUUUAAUAGCAUUGCCAUCCGAGCGGAUACGGAUAUCGCAAAGCGAGAAUUUACCCAUUUUUUUUUACAGUGUAGUAAUCUUCUAAUUACAGCGUAUGGGUUUUUUUGUAUUUCUAUAGCUUGUAAAUUGAAAUUGCGUCAUCGUGGAUUUAAUCGGCAGACGACUGCGAUUUACCAUAAAUCCGUGAACGAUCAUACAGAUACACACAUCUAUAAUUGUUGACGAUAUGUAAAAACAUAGCAAUGCAUUUCUUAAUGAAUCUUUCUUUCUUCUCACAUUUUAUGUAGAACAGAUGUUUUAAUAACGGAUUGUACAACUAUUGGCCGGAUAUUCACCCGAUUUUAUUGCAUUUAUCACAAAUUUAUAGCUACACACAUAUUCUCAACUCAACUUUCUGUUCGAAAGUUUAGUUAAGAAUUGAGAGACAUUUCAUGUCUCUCAUAUACUCUCGUAAGCCAUCAAAAAAUCAUUUAUAUAAUGAUAUGUUUAAUGUGCAUUAUUCGGAUAUUGUAAUUUAUUUUGGAAAGAAUUUUAUUUUAUCAUUACACAGGUGCUUUUCUAGGAUUCACAAAUAUGCACGCACAGUUUUAAUCCUUGUGAAAUUUGAGCUGAUGUUGGUUAAUAAGGGCUUUCUGCUCUAUGUAGUAAGCUAAGACACGCAAAUAAAUAAUGGAACAUUACUCGUUGUGUAAUGUAAAGUGUAUUUUAAUUUCGUUUUUUUGUACUUGUACAAAAUUUUAAAAUUUAAGAUUUAGUUUUUAAGAUUUUAAAUGUUAGAAUUUUACAAGUUGUGAAAAAAAUAAUCGUGCGCGAUAUUUUUCUCACGAAUAUUCGUCUCGAAAUUUCAUAAAUACUGUACAUCAUUUUUUCGAUUUUAGAUUGUGCCUGUUGUGAUUUGUGUGCGAGCAUUGGCUUUACGAGUUUUAUUGCUUUAAUUUGCUUCACCUAAAUGUUUGAGUUUAGAUGAGGUCAGAUUAUGUUGUUACAUUUAUUUAUUCAGGCUAUUUUGAUAUAUGUAUUUGUCGGGGUCUCGCGGAUUUCGCUUUCGAUCUCCGUUUUUUUUUUUUUUAACUGUUCCUAAACGACGUGAUCUUGCCGAUCGCACGAUGAAUGAUAUGAAAUAGCGUUUAAAAUGACGAUGUGCAAUCAUAUGGAAAAAAAAAACGUAAAUAGGGCACUAAAGAAAUAUCGAUGAUACGUUUCGAUUACGCGUUCAAUCAUAUAUAUUGAAUCGAUAAUGCCUGAAAUGUCGUAUAUAAUAUUUAGAUGGGCAUGUACAAAGAAAAGGAUAAUGAUCGAUUGAAUAGACCGCUAUCAGAAAUUUUCUAAGCAUCGCUAUUAUGCUCUUGUAAUAGAUAUGUACAGGUGUAUCCUAUAUGCGAAUGCGAGUCGCUUAGACGAUUUCUGAUUGCUCGUCAAGUGACAUAUGUGCCUUUCGAAAGUAAUAAUGGAUAGAUUAUAUAAGAAGAUACGAUAUAUAUUAUGACGAAUAAAUUGUUUUUAAUAAAAAAA